UCGUUUGCCCACUCAGACCCCGAACAGAACAGAACAGAAGCCCUAGCCAGAAUGUUGUUGCUGCUAGUUGUGGCCGUCGCGAUAAGCCUCUCGAGUGCGUCCAGCAUACCGGCUGAGGCGCCCCACAAUCCCCUGGAGCACGACUCGCUGCAUGCGCCGCACUUUGAUGGCGCCGAGCACAAUCCGCAGUACGACCACGAGGCCUUUUUGGGGCCGGACGAGUCCAAGAAGUUCGACAACCUCUCGCCGGAGGAGAGCAAGCGGAGGCUGGGCGUAAUAUUCGAUCGCAUAGACGAGGACAAGGACGGACUGGUGACACUGUCGGAGCUGAAGAACUGGAUCUCCUUCACGCAGAGGCGUUACAUCGAGGAGGAUACGGGUCGCCUGUGGAGGCAGCACAAUCCGGACAACAAUGCCACCAUCAGCUGGGAGGCGUAUCGCGAUGCCGUCUAUGGCUUCCUCAAUGAUUUGUCAGCGGAAGAGUUGGCGCAAGAGGAGAAUGGCAUCAGCUACAAGGGGCUGCUGAAACGUGAUCGCCGCCGCUGGGCCGUGGCCGAUCAGAAUCUGGACGAUAGCUUGACCCGCGAGGAGUUCACCGCCUUCCUGCAUCCCGAGGACCAUCCCACCAUGCGUGACGUGGUGCUGCAGGAGACAGUGGAAGACCUGGACAAGGACAAGGAUGGAAAAAUCAAUGAGGAUGAGUACAUCGGCGACAUGUACCGCCCAUCCGAGGCCAACGAGGAGGAGCCCGAGUGGGUGGCCAGCGAGCGCGAGGCCUUCAGCAAGUAUCGCGACACCGACGGCGAUGGUUAUCUGACCGAGACGGAAGUACGCCAGUGGAUCACGCCCCAAGACUUUGAUCAUUCAGAGAGCGAGGCCAAGCAUCUGAUUUUUGAGGCGGACGUGGAUCACGACGAGAAGCUGACCAAGGCAGAAGUGCUGGACAAAUACGAUGCCUUUGUGGGCUCCCAGGCCACCGAAUUCGGCGAGGCUCUGGCCAGACACGACGAGUUCUAGACUUAGACAAUCAAUCAAACACAGAAACAAUCCCAGAGAUUAAUCCCCAAUGCGAACAAAAGCAUAAAAGAACUUCUUAAGAAUCUCCAAACUCGAAUGCCAAAUAAUUUUGUAAAACUCUCUUUAGACCUAAGACGAAGUGCAUUAUAAAAAGGAUAAACAUAAACACUAAUAUUUCUACUUAAGU